CUUCCUGCGACUGUCCGUGGAUUGUGCUGUGGGGACCGUGACGGAGGUGUGUGAAACACUGUACAUACUGAAGCUUGCAGCAUGGCUACUGUCGAGAAGGUUGCAUCAAUAGGACAGGAUCUGGUGGACCCGAGACAGGACCUGACCAAGCGCUUCAGAGCUUUAUUUACCCUGAGGAACCUGGGAGGUGCUGAAGCUAUAGAAUGGAUCAGCAAAGCCUUCGUUGAUGAAUCAGCCCUGCUGAAGCACGAGUUGGCUUACUGCCUGGGACAGAUGCAGGACAAACGGGCCAUUCCUACUUUGACUGCUGUUCUCAAAGAUAAACAGCAGGAGCCAAUGGUUAGGCAUGAAGCAGGGGAAGCUCUGGGGGCAAUUGGUGAUUCUGUGGUUUUGAACCUACUGAAAGAGUACAGUCAGGAUCCUGUCAUUGAGGUUGCGGAGACAUGUCAACUGGCUGUUCGACGGCUAGAAUGGCUUCAGAGUGGAGGAGAGAAAACGUUGCAGGACGGACACACAGAUAAAAACCCCUACUGCUCUGUAGACCCAGCCCCUCCAGCAGCAAGGAAGAGCGUGCCAGAGCUGCGCUCCACACUGUUGGAUGAAAGCCUGCCACUCUUUGACCGCUACCGUGCCAUGUUUGCCCUGCGUAACCUUGGCACUGAGGAGGCUGUGUUGGCACUAGGAGAUGGCCUGCAAUGCUCCAGUGCUCUGUUCCGUCAUGAGAUUGGCUAUGUUCUGGGGCAGAUGCAGCAUCCAGCAGCAGUCCCAGCCCUCCGUGCAGCUUUGGAGCGUUCCAACGAGAACCCCAUGGUCCGGCACGAGGCAGCAGAGGCUCUAGGCUCAAUUGGCAAAGACGAGUGUCUGGCCGUGCUGCAGCGUUACCGUGGAGACCAAGAGCGUGUUGUCAAGGAGAGCUGUGAGGUUGCACUUGACAUGCUGGAGUAUGAAAACAGUGGACAGUUCCAGUAUGCAGAUGGAUUGGUCAGGUUACAGGGUUAAUUAUUUAGGUCAGUACUGAGGUCACCUUGUGUUUAAAGGUAAUUAAACACCAUUUGUUGCUAACAGUAAUAUUUUCUUUACUUCAAUAUAGCUAAGUUGAAAACCAAAUAUAUUGAAAAAAAAUAAAGGGUGGAACAUGGAUAAUAUAGGGUCAUCCACCCUAAUAGCCUGUGCCUUUGACCAGCUGCUGCUCUUGCUCCAUCAUUCAGCUGCUCCUUCAAAUCAUCCCCAAGUACAAAUAUGGAGGAGAAGCUGCCCAACCAACAGCAACAUUGGGAGACGUGCACAGAAGCAAUGGUAGUAAGUAACGAAGGACUGCUCUUGCCUUCCGCAUAUUCACGUGCAAAAGACAAAACAACACAGAAGAGAAGGCAAAAUAAGAAAAUGGGGCAGAAAAGCGUGGCAAAGAGAGAGCGAACCCUCCUGGACCCUCUAUUUUAUUGAGUAAGGACCCUCUGCUCAAUCUGAAUUCAUCCUGCAUUGUGAUUCUACAGUUUGAUACAAACUUCUCAUUCUAAACUGUCUGCUACAAGCAUUCGUGGUGUUAGGUAGACCUUGAUUUGUCGUGCUUCUCUUGGUACUUUGCUCCUAAAUUACCAUGGAGCACAGCUUGCAGUUUAAAUGUAAUUUUUUUGUUAUUUACAGUCAACUGUAUAAAAUUAAAAUGAUCUUACAUACUAA